UCAUAGCCUGGGAGCUCAAAGUUUGCUUCUCACUUUGCUAAAGGAAUUAGGGCACUGUACGUAUGUGUGUGCGUGUGUUUGAGGAAGAGGGAGAGUGAGAUGGAGAGAGAGAGAGAGAGCCGAUGGAAACAUUGUAACUCAAGGCGAGUCAGGGUGCAGCAGCAGAGGCAGAGUUUCUUUCCAUGGAUUGAAGAGGAGGGAAAUCCUCUUCCUCAGCGUCGCCUGCAUGUAAAUGAAGCAGACCGGGACAGAAAAAAGGUUUAACACACUCUCAUCUGUAACCAGCACUUGACUUUGUGAGGAGGAGAGCUUUUUUUUUCUUCGAGCCCGGGGUGCCAGGCAUCAUCACUGACAAUUUUCCAGAGCCUUCUCAAAGGCUCAUACAGGUGACAAGUGUGUCUAACUUCACUGCAGCGCCUGGAUCGACGCGCUCACAGUGCGCUUUGUCCAGCGGCACUUGCGCUGCGUGAGACCCGCCGUUUUUUUUGUUUUGACGUGACAUUUCGCCUUCGCUGCUGUGCAUAUGUGGCCACAUAUGACGCAUAUGCGCCUAGAGCUGUUUUUCCAAACGCUUGUUUUAGAAGCUGGAGAGAUGCGUUUUUGAGGACAAGUUUCCGCGCUGAUUGGUAUGUUCGUCAUGUCUGCGCGGGUUAACUUGCGCGUUUCUCUGUAGAGUCACACACAGACCCGGGCUCUGCUCGGCGCUGAAGUUGGUUGGGAAUAAUAUUAAUAACCGUGCGGAGCGCAGAGGAGGGGGAAAGAGGCGACAGCGGCGUUCAGGGGAUGUUUAGCGGCUAAAUUUUUUACAACAUCAUCAGCAUCACCGAGUGAGGAUCAAAACUGCGGGGGUCUGCUGCCGCUCACUCCUCUUCCUCGACACACUUCUAGUUUUUGCAGAAGCCAGUCUGUGAAUUCCAGUCCCUGAAGCAGCAGCUGCGUAAACUUGGCCAGAUCUGGUGACACUGUACCCUAUGUGUGUGUGUGCGUGUGUGUCUGCCGAUCAGCCCUGGAUGGAUAUGCGUCUCACCGAGGGGAUUUGAAAAGCAAGGGGGGAUUUCUAUCAGUCCCUCUUUUAUUAUAACCUCAAAAUGGAUGCCGACGACAGGCUGUGGAGACGCCACUGGAUUAGCCACUCUUCCACUGAUCUGUUUGACAUCUGAGCUGCUCCAGGGGUUCAAAGUUUGGAUAAUCUAAAGAAGGUUGAAGGUGUAGGAUGCAGUCUGGAGCGAAGACGCUCUCCGCAGGUGGAGGUGCGUCACUCUGCUGCCUGCUGCUCCUCUGGCUCAUCUACUCCCAUCUGCUCAGAGAGGGCCAGUUGGCGGUGGGAACCUGCGAGAUAGUGAUGCUCAACAGAGACAGCAGCGUUCCCAGACGGACCAUUGCUAGGCAGACGGCUCGCUGCGCCUGCCGAAGAGGCCAGAUCGCCGGUACCACCAGGGCGAGGCCGGCAUGUGUAGACGCGAGGAUCGUGAGGAGCCGUCAGUGGUGUGAGAUGGCGCCCUGCCUGGAAGGGGAGGUCUGCAGCCUCCUGUUCAACCGCUCCGGAUGGACCUGCACCAAGGGCAGCGGUCGCAUCAAGACCGUCACGCCUUUGCCCAAGGAGCCGUCGUAGGAUGCAGAGGAAACAGCAAGUAUGUUCAUUGACAUCAGUGCUACAAAAGAAACGGAGGCCCAUCACUACAACAGAACAUUGUGUCCAUACAACAACAAAAACGAGGCUCCCAGAACUUGACAACAGCCUUGACCUUCAGUAAAAUAAAAAAAUAAAAAAAACAACCCCAGAGCUUUUCCAAUCACUACAGCGAAAGACUCUCUGCAGACACUUCUAAGAACUCUGAGAAGUCUCAAGUGAGCAGCAUGGUACACCAUCGGCAUCAAAUCUUCACCGCAGCCAAAUUCACAGACUCAUCAUAGACAGAAAAAUCUCUCUGAGGAACAGUCAUUACCAGGCCAGUGGAAUAAUCAUUCAAGUACGUAACCUCUUUUUUUUUGUCCACGUUAUCUAACGUUAGGUCGGCAAGGGUCGUCUCCUUGAAGAUUUUUACCUUCGUGGCUUGAUUUAGACUUGUCAAAAGGUCUUUCAAAAGUCAGCCCCUUCAUCUUCUUUACUACCCCCCGCUAUGAAGCCUUCCGGGGUUUUAUUCCAGCCAAGUUUCUUUAAUGACAGCCCGCUGCUAAAGAGUCGUGACUUGACUGAGGUUGAGCCAGGCCAUACCGUCCAUUGGAUUCUAGCCUUUCACACCUUUUUCUCAUUCGGCUGAGUGAAACUUUACAAGGCCUCCAAGAUCUCUGCAUACACACACACACACACACACACACACACACACACACACACACACACACACACACACACACA